GCUCAUUCCAUUCAUUGGCAACACUCCUCGUUGCAAGCGCACAUUGAGCUACUCUUAAUGUUUAAGAUCCAGGGACAUUUUGCACCGUGAUGCUCCUCCGUGCUCGCCUCUAGAGCUCACUUCGUGCACGCUAUCGCCAGCCAUAUUCUUUGCGAAGUGAGCUCGGCUAUCCUAGUUGAUCUUGGCUCGCUCUCAGAAGCCUGAGCGGCAUCCAUGGUGAAACGUAGCACGGUGGUGUUUGCCGUUCACCUUUGGGGUUUAACGUCCCCCGGUCACGGUCGGCCUCGCAAUUACCUACAGAGCACCGUGGAAGUCAAGCAAGGUCGGCUAGAAAGAUAUCACAUAGACCAUCUGCAGAGUUUUGAUCGCGGCUUGGUGGCCAUACGAGUCGUGGCUCCCAUUCCGCCCCGCGCCAGACUUCCCGGUGACGAGCGCGGUUCAUAUCCAGCCUGGACUGGAGGCACUACAAGGUCUUGCCCCCUAGUCCCGACAGAUACUGAUACCAGGCCCAAUCUAUCUUGCAUCGACGAACCCUCUCCUUCCUUUGGGGCAGACGCGUCGAGUCAAUGGUCAAUGUGGGGGUUCGUCGACGGGAAUGUGACAGAUCACUGACAGCUGAAGUCGAGUGCUCUCUGAGCGUCUGAGCAGAAGGGGGCACCUGCGAAUUCCCACGUCUCGCAACGCAGUGUCCCACUGCUUUGCAAACUUGUU